AUGAACCAAAAAUUUACUUUUGUAUUUAUUUUAUUAGUUGCGCUCUCCGUUACCAAUGCUAUCUUUCUCAAGAAAAGAGACUAUCCCUGUCCUAUUAUCCCUAGUUUCAAUGCAACAGUUUCACCUGACCCACCAGUUCCUAAAAAAAAUGCCACUAUUAAUGUUUCUGGAACUUUAGAACAGGAUAUUAAAGAGAACGGAAUGCUUAUUAUUGGAUUUAAAUAUGAAGACUGUGUUCCCCUAGGUGUUUACUCUACAACUCCUGUUAAUCAAACUAAAGCUGGCAAUCCCUUUAAUAUAACAGUCAAUGUUACAGUACCACCAAAUUUUGCAUCAGAAAAUUCAAUACCCUACUAUAUUUGGGCUUAUAUUGAGAAUGGUUACGAGCCGAUAGGUUGUGAUAUUGUUUAUUCUGUUAAUUUAUAA